UGAAACUGAAUAUGCACAUUUUUUUAAAAGGACGUCUGUCUAUUUUACAUCUGUUGAGCGGUCCUUCGAGAAAUCCUGUUAAAAUCACUGUUAAAACAUCUUGCCUCAGCAAUGGAACGGCUUAUAUACAAUCAAAGAAUUUGGAAUAUAAUUAUGAUAUGGUUGAUAAAAUUCAGCCUGUUUGUAAUGAAAGGAGUGAAAUGGCAUUUUACAACAAAACAACAGGGUUUUGUGAAAAUGUAAUUGUUAAAGUCAACUACGAUUUUAAAGUAGUGCCGGGACAAAUCACUGAAUUAACUAUCACUUUUGUUCUUACAAGUGUCCCUUUAAGACAAUCUUAUUUUACCCAGAACAAAAAACGAGAUGAAAACACUGACCUCUAUUUGUUUCAAAGUUAUUCCGUACAAUUUAACCCUUUGGAAAGCAAGACCUUUGCCCCGAAUGGGUACCACUUAGAAGAACAGAUACUUCUGUACAACAUCAGUUCUGAAGAUGACGAAUGCACUGGAAGUAACAAGUGUAAGAAUAAGCCUGCUUCAACAAAGCACACUGUUUGGACUAAAGAUGGAAGCAAGGAUAAUGAAUCGCUAAAGGGCGUCCGAAAAAUCCAAUCCGCACAGUUGAAAGCCUUCGGAGGGGAAAAUUGCGACGAGGAGACCCUAGUCACAUUCGGGUACAACGUUAUGAAAACCUGCCUGAUUAGUUUCGAGUCAGAACUCACCUGUGAGGAGCAACGAAAAGCAAUUUUGAAAAUACUCGACAACUAUUUGAAUUUCAACGCCGUUGACGAUGGAUUUGGAAACGCCAUUCCACACAUCAGGGAGGGAUGCACCGACAGGGCCUCGUCCGAAUUGGAUUUGGAAACGAACUCGACGGAAUGUCGCAUACCAAAAGGGAUCCAAUUCAGAGCACUUUACUCACCCGUGAGGAACAGGUCUGCUCGAUUCAAAAUAGUUGGCUUCCAUUCCAACCUAUGGAGCGGUAAGUGCACUCCUACAAUGUGCCACCUGAGCUGGUCUAUCUCAUUUUCCGAGGCCAAACCGCGAUCCUUGCAAUCCAGAUGGAUGGAGUAUAUGUUGUCGCCUAUCGGUUCUUCCUAUUCCUGGGCCAACCUCCUAUCUCACAAUUUGAACUUGGAAAGCCAAAGGAUCGACAAGUUCGGAACGCAAGGCUUCAGGCUCAUUCUUGUUCUCGCCUUUAUUGUUAUCAUUUUACGAUUCGAUUAUUAGAGCGUGCUUGCAAAUAUAAAAUAGUGUGGAAAGAAAAGUUACAAUUAGAUUUAGCCAGAUUUCAUUCAUACGAAUGAGUUCCGAACAGCGCAGAAACCACAAAGUUUUUUUUUUUUUUUUUUAAUUUUACGAUCUCGCCUGUGAUGGUGGCAGUUUUUGGUUUACUUGGUUUUUUUCUAUGAUUCAUACGCAUGUAUUUGUU